CGAGGAAGCGUUUGACGUGGCAAGGUCCCGGACAUCACAUCGGCAAGCAUCACUUUAGAGCUGUAGACUAAAAGGGCAGUUGCCAUAUUUUGUUCAUCAUACACCACACCUGCUUUCAGGUCGAGUGGAGGACCUGAACAAGCAAGGAGAACCAGGCUUUCAGCGCGCCCUACGCAAAGCAAGGACAAAUCAUGUGGUGGUUUGUCGUUGCUAGUUUUUUCCACUGUCUGUCGGCCUAUGAUGUAGAUUUGAAGAAACUGGAUGGUCUCGCAAAAGCGAAGGUGGAGUCCUGUGGAGGAUGACAGCUGAACAGGUUGAGAGAGGUCAAAGCCUUUGUCACCCAGGAUAUUCCUCUUUACCACAAUCUGGUGAUGAAGCACAUCCCUGGGGCCGACCCUGAGCUUGUCCUCCUUAACCACUACUACGAGGAGCUGGAUCGCAUCGGCCUGUCCGACAUGACCCGCUCCGAAAUCAACGAGCUCCUGGGCAAACUGGGCUUCUACAAGAAGGCCGAGCCCGAAGACGAGGUCCCGGAGGAGUUCCGCUUCUCCCCCGCCAAGGACAGCCCCUUCAAAGAUGGCGAGGAGACCCCGUCCUCACCCCCGCCCACGGAGAGCGUGUCCCCAGAGGACGGGCACUCUGAUCUGUAGCCCCCUCACCUAACGAAGCCAGGCCUCGUCACUGUAGCCCCGCAACAGAUGUUGGGGGUUAAAAUGUCUGCCAAGCAGAUUCUGGAUCAGCACUUAAAAAAAGGACAGAAUCUCAGAAGCACAGAUUUGGCCCUCCCGAGGCUCACGGUUAAGACGUUUUGUUUAGAAUCUGUUUGGUCGUUCGUUUUCAAGGGGUGUGUUGGGUUUGUGUUUGUUUUUACGAUGAAUGUCAGGUGUCUUACGGCGUCAUCGUCUCCCCACUCAUCUCCCUCGUGUGCUUAUGACUUCCUGUUUACUGGGAAACUGAAUGACGCUCCAGGCUGUAAAUCGUUCUGAUUGGCUUAGAGCUGAUGACCCAUGUUCUGGUGGCAGAAGUGUAUCACUCAGGAGGACUGCAGUGUGAAUGAUGUAUGGGUGUCAUAACUGAUGUUACAAUAAAAAAUUACCCAAAUUA